UGCUCUCACGCCCAUUCCUCUGUGCACUUCUCGAGACAGUUUCCUGGCAAUCAAUCGAAUCGAAUCCGAUCGAAUCGAAUCGUCGUCGUCGUCGUCUCCUUCGUCGCUGAGAGAUUCUACUCGCUCGCCAAUCUCCCGAUCGCUCCGGCCGCUCGCCUGACGAGCUGAACUAUGGCAGAUAAAGAUGAGGGAGAGGAAACUAGUACUCGCAGAAAUGAAUGGGAAGUUGUCUCACUUACAGCGUCAGCAUAUGCGGCAGCUCCUGGUCCAGAUGUUGAACUAAAAACUGAUGACAAGGGUAGUGUAUAUGAUGUUGAUGAUGCAGAUAUUUCUCGUGCGAUGUUCAUGUCUAGUCACUUUGUCUUUCCACCCAGCCAACAUGAAAAUCUUCCAUUGGAGCCUGAGAAAGAUCAAACCGAAGAAGAAAUAGACCAAGAUGUUGUUACUGAACUGGAAACGGAAGGGGGGAGAUCUAGCGGAAAGGACGAGAAAGAUACGAGUUUCGGCACGACACAUGAUGAGUUUCCUGGGAUAGAGUGUUUGGAUGAGGCAGGCAGCAAACAGUUUAUUCAUGAUAAGGAGUUUGAGGAAGGCAUGAAUCUGCAAGGGCUAGAUGUGCCGCCGUAUGCUGAUGCUACUUUAAGUUCUUUUCACAGUGAAACUGCUCUUGGUGGCCCCAAUCCAAGUACAUAUGUUGACGAUACAAGCUCCGAGUUAACCGAACAUGAGCAUGUCUUAGAUUCCCACGAGGAGUUAUCAAGGUCGUCCAAAUCCACCAAAGAUCGCGAUUAUUAUGAGUCUGACCUUCCUUGUGGAGCUUGGUGGAAGAAACGUGCAGCUUCUUUUUAUACACAUGCAAAGGAGGCAAAUUCUUUUUGGUCUGUUUUCGUUGCUGCAGCUGUGAUGGGUCUUGUAAUUCUUGGGCAGAGGUGGCAGCAAGAAAGAUGGCAAGUUCUUCAACUUAAAUGGCAUAUGGCCGUCAAUGAUGAGAAGAUGGGCAGGCUGCUGGGUCCCAUAUAUCGCAUCAAAGAUGUGAUAGUGGGUGGCCACCGACGUGGUUCCUUUAUUAGCAGCAGUUCCUCGAGUGAGAACUAAGAUGAUGACGAAAAUAUGGAGGGACAGAGACCGAGCGAGAGACUUUAGUGUGUAUUGUGCUGCGGGUAUGAUUCCAAUGACUGAGUUACACAUGUACUAUUUAAUUUAUAUCGUGGUGACAGAUGACAAUUUUAUGGUAGUGUAUUCCAUUGUACAGUGAGUUGCCUGGCAAUAGUGGUUCUGCCCAAACUGGACAUCAUGUGUUAUAGGCAAAGUUUCUGCGACAUGGUGCCUUUAGUAGUUUGCCUGCUUUGCUUGGUGAAAAAAGAAAGCAUGCCGUGUCGCCCCCAUUGUAUCCGAAUGUGUGGAUGAAAUUUUUUUUAUGGCACAAGGACAAAGAUCCUGCCAUACAACGUUAUGGCUUUUUGUCA